AUGCGGCACACGGCCGCGGGACAUGGCACUACGUGCCUGGCGGAACCGCCCUGGCAGCUUCUCCUCUACGCGUUCCUGGCGGUGGCAGUGCAGGGCCUCCUCUUGCUGAUCCCGGCUCCACAGCUACUAGUGCGAACAGGCCGGCAGCCGGCAACCGCCGGCGAAGGCGACGACGACAUGGAGGGAAUCCACCGGACGGCGACGCUACCGAGGCAUCAGAACAGCCCGAGUCAGAGAACCUCACCUUCGACCCCACGGUGUCGGUCUCCUCAGCGACUUCUGUGCCCUCGCGUCGGGCAACCAGACAUGAUCCUUGGGAGCCGCUUCCUCCACGACCUCGCCAGCCUCCCGGCCUACCACGUGCACCACGAAACCCCGGAGGAGACGAUCAGCGACAACCUCAAGGAGACGAUUGCUGCCAGGACCCCGGGUCGCCAGACCAACAAGGCUAGUUCUUCUACGAGCUGGCACAGCAGGAUGGGUCCAGAAAAGAACGUGAGGUGGCGGGGUGGAACACCACCCACUCCACCGGCGUGGCGCUACGAUUCAAGCGAUCUGCGUGCCUUCAGCAAAUGGAUGAGGAAAGUCGAGAUUUGGCAGGUUCAGAUUGCACACUACAUGACCAAGCGCGAGGCCGCGCUGCUCCUCUACACUUCGCUCACAGGAGAAGCAGAAGCCGAAUUAGAACAUGUUCCUCUUGAGAAGAUCAAUUGUGAUUCGGGGGUGGAGUUCAUAUUGGAGUCGCUUAGAGAACCUAUGGCCCAAAAGACCGUGUAUCAGAAACGCAAGUUUUUGGCCGACUUCGAAAGCAUCAGUCGUUAUCCCAACGAAGGCCUCAGGACCUAUGCAAACCGCUACAGGAGGAUCGAGCGGUCACUUGAAGCAUUGGGGGUUCAGAUCACCGGCAUGUAUGAUGAUGAGAGCCGAGGGAAUAGGUUGCUGGAGAGGGCCCGAUUGAGCCAGGCUGAUCAACGAUUGGUUCUGGUGGGGUCCCGGUACUCACUUUCAUUCGAGGAUGUGAUGGAGUCCAUGACCAUGCAAUAUCCAGAUUUCAGAGCAGCUCCUCCCGUGAUGGGCCGGGAUGGUCAAGUGGUCACCCGCGGCGCCAAGGACGGGAAGGGCGGCAAAUCCCCGAGUACCCCAGGACCUUCGGCUUCGGCUCCUUCAAGGCACCAUGUUCCCGGUCAAGGCAAGGGCGGCUAUCCUCCGAGGCGAGUGUUCGUCACCGAGACCGGCGAGUUCGGCGACCCCGAGGCCAACAAUCACGAUAUCGAGCAGGACUUCGAGACCAUCCCCGAGGGCGAUGACGAGGACGAGCGAGGUGGAGAUCCUGACAACCAUGGUGACGGAGAUGAUGCCGAGGACGGCCCAGAGCAGCUGGAGGACUUAGCCCGCGUCCUCACGGUGACGGCUCGUCGGUUGGCGAGCACACGUCUUGGACGCAAGUACAGCGGUGGCAAAACCUCCCCGGCAGAGCUCAAAAAACGAACCACAUGUGCCGUUUGCGGGGAAGUAGGACACUGGAAGGGGGAUCCAGAGUGCAAGGUUAGUGGCGGUGGCAAGGGUGUUCAAACCUCGAAACCACCCCCUGGCAAAGGCGCUGCUGGGCCAUCACAGCCGGCUUCAUCAUUCAAGGGCGGCGGCAAACAAGGCAAGGGUCCACCUCAUCAAGCGUUGACCGUGACCCACAGCGAUCUCGGCAGCUAUGAGGUGUAUUCCACGGAGUUCGGCCAGGCAUUCCAGGACCCGGCCUACCAGGUGAGCGUCGUGUUUUCAGCACAGAUGGUGCCAGCACUUGGGUCACAGUAUGUCGGCUACAUGGUUCUAGACACGGCUUGCCAACGAACUUGUUGCGGCAGGACGUGGGCGAAGGAUCACAUCAAGCACCUCGAGGCAUUCGGGCUUCACGUGGGGAAGGCGCACAUCCAUGACAAGUUCCAGUUUGGUAAGGGACCUCCUGUUGCAGCAGAUUUUCGUGCUUAUCUACCCGUAAACUUCGGCGAGCACGGCCCCUUGCUCAUCGGCACAGGUGUCCUCAACGCAGACGUGCCGCUUCUCGCCAGCAACGUGCUGCUCAAGGCCUUGGGGAUGAUACUCAACCUUAACAACAUGACCGCCACCUUUGAAGCUUUAGGAACUACAGCACAUGUUGUCAUGAUCAGUGGUCACUUGGCUGUCCGAAUCGAUGCUUUCACUUCGCAUGUCACUCAUGAGUGCCUCGAGCUUCUUGAUCGUGAGAGCUGGGAGUCCGCGGAACCCGAAGUCAUUUUCGGCUUCGAAUACCCGCAUCGCGGGAUUCAGCUGAAGGAUGCUCACUGCGCCACCGCCCUCACUUGCAGCAUGGAGGCGGAUUGUGCGCGGGGUUCGGAACUUCAAGAUUCACUUGUACAUGAUCAUGGUCAGGGCAGCAAGGCUCGGGGUGUGGGAUCGUCAGUGGCUCUUGGAGGCCACGCCACCGCGCCUCGACCCCCAGUUUCAAGUCAGCCAAGCAACAUGCCGGCAUGCGGAGAUACAGCGGUACGGGAAUGCCACGGGCCGGUACAGCCGAUGCAAACAUUGCGCAAAGAGAUGGCAGUGGGACAAAGAUCAAGAAAAAUGGGUUCACAAGCCCUACGUCGCAUCUUCACGCUCAUCGGCACUGCCAUUGCCCUCAUCGGCCAAUACCCUGGAGGCUCCGGCUCGGGCUCCACCCCACUCUUCGACUUCCCUGAGGGCGGCGCGGGCCAAGACGAGCACGCGACGACCUUCGGCGACCUCGGCGGCGACUUCGAGCUUCGCGCCUCCCUCCAGGACGAGACGUUCCCAGGACCACGAGAUCGACCACUGGGCGCUGAUCCACGACACCGAGCCCAUGGACCACGAGGAGAUCGAGGAAACCUACCUUUGGGAGGACGAAGAAGAUUGACUGGAGACCUCGAGCGGACCACCAAGAUCUAUGAGGCCGAGCUCGACGUGUACAGCACUUUGCCUACGACCUCACAACGACCACCGCCUUCCGUGGACAUCCUGGAGAUCUUCGCCGGCGAGGCAAAACCAUCGGCACGUGCAUCAAGGUUUGGUCUCAACGCGUGCCAGCCCUUCGACUUGAACUUCGGUUGGGACCUUAGCCAACCAGACCAGCAGGAGAUGAUAAUGAGUUUUGUUCGCCGCCUGCGACCUUGGGCUAUCAUCAUCGGCUACCCGGGGACCUUCUACAGCGUCUUCGGUGAGAACAUCAAUGACAAGGCCGACGAGUACCUACUUCGCAGAGCCGCGGACCAACCCAUGAGAAGUUUCACCGCGGCACUUUGCCGCACACAAUAUGAGGCAGGCAGACUGUUCUUCCUCGACAAUCCUAAGAACAGCCGACUUUGGAGCCAGACCGAGAUGGCAUCGCUCCUUGACCUGCCCGGUGUCACAACUACCACGGCCCAUUUUGGAGCCUUCGGCGCCGAGACCGCGGACGGCCAGCCCAUCAAGAGAGCGAUACAAAUCAUGUCAAAUUUUCCUGGCCUCAACCGCGACUUCGGCAAACGUCUUUCGGCAACCGACCUCUUCUACUGCACCCCGGUCCAAGGCAACCUCUCGGCUACGACCCAGGUCUACCCGGAUGCCUUCGUGGACCAGCUCCUCACUUCUAUCAAGGGUUGGAUUGCACAACAUGAACCACAACGCUUUGGUUACUUUACGGUGUACGCCCUUUCACGGCCUACUGUGGACGCUGCUGCCUGGGACAACGUGUUCAAGCAGGUGGAGAAAAGCUUCGUCGGCAGCAACCGGCGGCCCUACAUCGUCGACCCCGACUCCACCUUCGGCAAGGAGAUCCAAGACCUCUUCAGGAUGGACGCGGUGCGAAUCCAAGUGGCGAACACUCCAACCCAACGGCGCUUCCACUCCGACAUACCUCACCUGGCGAGAGGAGCCGCCCUUCAGCACAAUGACGGCUCCCGACUCGUGGAAGUGGAACAGCUGGAUGAGGCUGGGCAGUUUGGCGAUCUUGUUCAAGGUGAUUUCUUUUGGGUGAGGCUGUUGAGCGGGGCUUCAGUUCAAGUGCUCGGGUUGGCCGACACAGCAACCGGCUACCACCAAGCAGCUAUCCUUCGGAACAAGUCAGCCAGGGAAGCAUACAACUUGUUGCAUUCCGCUUGGCUGCGCCCCUACGGUCUUCCAGUUCGCCUCCUUCUCGACCCGGAUCCUCUCUUUCAGGGCGAGUUUGAGGAGCUAUUGAGCACCGUGAACGUGAGCUGCGAGUACUGUCCGGCAGAGGCGCACUGGGUGAUUGGAACAGUCGAGAGACGCAACUGUGUGUUGCGUUCAGUCCUUGAGAAACUUAUCAACGAUCACGCCGUGGAUGACCUCGACCGCUUGGACUACGUCCUCACCGGGGCCCUUCAUGCCAUGAACUCCUUUGUGACCGUGAAGGGAAGGAGCCCUUACCAGGCAGUCUACGGCAGGGUUCCAAGGAUUCCGGGCGGCCUACUGACGGAUGAGGGCUCCCUCGCGCAGUCAGUUUCUGAUCCUGGCAUGGCAGCAGAACGAGUCCGCGCGGAAGCAGUGACCCACCUGGCCGCCAUGAACGUGGACCAAGGCCUUAAAAGAGCAAUACUGCGCAAGACUGCCAACACCAAAAUACCGGACCUUCAACCUGGACAGAGAGUCGCUUUCUGGCGGUGGAGGCGGCGAGGACUUCGCAAAAGAGGCGCCUGGACAACGGGCCGCUUCUUGGCCUACGAUCCAUCUUAUCCAGGUAAGCAAUGCUGGAUACGUUCCGGCAAUAGCACCAUUCUGGUGGCAAUGGAGCAGGUGCGCAAGGCGGUGGGCUUCGAGGAUUGGUGUCCAGACGAACAAGACAUACAGUGCCUGAAAGACUCCACCGUCGACCUCAAGGAGAGCGUUUUCCAAGACCUUCGAGGACCACAGCCUACCGAGCACCUACCGGACGCCCUCGACGACCUUGAGGAGAUGCAGCUGGAGACAGGACCUGCCUCGCAGGCCAUCGGCCUCGACACGCCGGUCCCACACAUCGUGGCACCAAGAUCUCCAGCACCACAGGACGUGCCACUUGAACUACCACCUCAGAGGACCGACAACUACAACCUCACGCUCAGCCCUACUUUUCAGCAGACAACCUACGUGCAACAGCGCUUUGGUGACCCACUUCGCUCCGUCAACGCCGCGCCCAAGACACCGCGAACUCCAAGACACACGAGGAGCAGGUCGCCAGCACCGCCACCACGAGAACUACCACGACCUCCUGAGCUUCCUCAGUUACCCGCGGGUGCCUCCUUUGACGAGAACCUGCGCACGGCGGCGUUCGACAGCGCAGAGUACGGCAGCGCCGCCUACCUCGACGAGACCGCCGAGCAGGGACUUCUGUACUACCUGGCGGUCACGAACCUCAAGAACCACAACCGUCACAGCAGCCACAAGAACCUCUACCUGCAGGACCUGAACUACUACCAGCACGUGAAUAGUUCCCAAGCGGCGUCACUUCCAGAGCCUUCACCUACACUUCCUCAGAAGCGCCCUUUUGACUCCCUGACGACACUCUUGGCAGACGGCUUCGAGGUCCACCGCGUACCACCUGGCGAAGACUACCUCACCGGCGUUUUUGGUCCCAAGCGUGAAGCCUUCUACCAGGCUUACUUACAGAGCGACUUUAGGGAGGCAGACGCUCCUGUUGGCAAGAACCCUCGUGAGAGUGACACUUCCGACUCUGACGGCGAGACCGGGCCACAGACAGGAACAAGACUCUCCCGCAAGGACGCCAAGCAGCUGGAUCGAGAGAUUCCCUGGACCACCAUUAUCAGGGGAGCCAAUGUGCCCGACUACCUCGCGGCAAUCGACAAGGAGGCCAAGUCCUGGCAAGAAUGGCAAAGCGUCGAGGCCCUCAGCCACGAGGAGGCACAGAGAGUCUUGAACGACAAAAUUCUUGUCAAAAGAAUCCUGCGAAGCCGUGCGUGUUACAGAGACAAAUCAAGGGGAUCUGGCCCUAUCAAAGCAAAAUGUCGGAUAGUGUGUCUGGGACAUUCUGAUCCAGAUCUGUUCAGUUUGAACAGACAGGCCCCUACUCCUGGCAGGACUGCAGAGCACGUUGCCUUCAUGAUGCUCGUGGCCGGCUCCAACAAGGAGCUCCUUGACUCAGGCCUUGAAUGGGUUGGUUGGAUUGCCGAUGCAGCCACGGCUUUCCUUCAGGGGCAACAGCCACAGCAGGAGAGAAGUCUUCCGCUUUACAUGCGGCCACCGACCGAUGGCCUCAUAGCUCAGACGCCGCAUUGGAAGGCCAAGCUCUACCUCAUCAAGUCCAACAUCUAUGGCUUGGCCAACGCUCCAAGACUCUGGGCGAUAGAAGUUACAACCAGACUUCAGAAGCUUGGCUACACGCAGCACUCUUUUGAGAAGAUGCUCUUCAUGAAACGGAACUCCAAGAACGAACUGGUGAGCGUGAUCAUCGUCUACGUCGACGACUUCCUCGGCGUCUACCGCAAGGACUAUGACAUUGCCGAGGUGCACAACGCCUUCGUUUGGGGGGCCCUGAACUUCUUCAAGAACCAAGAGCCGCUCACGUUUAAGGGCAAGGAGGUCACGCUCAAGCUCAACAACCGGGGACGCUACUUCCUCACCAUCACCCAGAAGGAGUUCAUCUCCGGCUUGACUUCCGGGAAACUACCCAAGGGAGCCGACUUGGACGAGCUCCUCACUCCAGAACAACAGGGCGAACUACGUUCCGUGGCAGGGUGCUUACAGUGGCUUUGCGGACAAAGUCGUCCAGAGCUUUCGCCUUACGUUUCGUUGAACAGUCUCAACUCGAAGAGCACCCUCGCAAACCUGAAGUCCCUCUACUACGCCCUCGACUUCGCCAAGGAGACCUCCGACUGCGGGCUCGUGCUGCCAGACCUGCCACUCAACAUGGCUACUACCCUCGUCUCCUACUCAGACGCUUCGUGGGCGAACUCUCCUGGAGACCUUCGUUCACAGUUUGGCGUGUUGGUGUUCGCAACAACUCCCCAGGUGACGAACACGCCGUGUCUGGGAAGCCUCCUCGACUGGAAGUCGGGCAAGAGCGCCCGCGUCUGCCGAAGCACACUGGCAGCCGAGGCAAUGGCUGCAGACGAAGCAGUCGACCGGCUCCACUUCACGAACCUGUACCUCACUGAGCUGCUGACCGGUGAGAAAGCUUACCGAGUAAAACCUUGUUUGCGGAUGCUGCACGUUGUAGACGCGAAGUCUCUGUAUGACUCGUUAGUUCAAGAGAACCCUCAGACGUCUGAAAAACGUCUCCUCGUCAGCAUCAAGAGCAUACAGGAUAGCGUAGAGCCCGACUCAAUCCAUUGGGUCCCGACAGAUCUCAUGAGGGCAGAUGCUCUUACCAAGCUCUCUCCAGAGCUGAUGCAGAGUUUGUGUGAGUGGUUCGCAGUGCCUUGGCUAGUGCUCAGACAGGUCAAAGAAAAAAAGACCAGUGUUAAAUUUGAGCCUUCAGCUGCGUGUGCUGAUUGA